UAAGAUAAUGUUCUUACGAAAAGCUUUUAGCUGAACAAUCUACGAAUGUAAUUUUAUAUGUUUCAAAUUAUUUGAUAACAUUAAAGAACCAUAUUGCAUAAAUAUUUUCAUUAUGAUAAAUUUAUAAUGUAAUGUUUAUGUAAUAUACAAUACAAAAAGAAGUUGAUAUGUUGUCGGAAAAGUAGUAAAAGAUAUUUUCAAGAAUAUUUACUUACAGCCGACAUUUUAUCGUAUUUACAGGGUUGUAUUAAUCUGUUGUUCUAUUCGAUAUAUAUUUUAUAUGUUCACGCACGAUGUCCGACUUUAUAUAAACGAAAAAAAAUUGAGAGAUGCUAAAACAGUGUUGCUUUAUUUGAAUGCGCGCGGAUAAAUUAUAUUUGGGUUGCGGAAGAGGGCGAUUUUCUUAUUAUACAGUUGGCGAAACUGAAACGUAGUUUACCUAGAUGGUAGGAGAAGGAACGCAUGCGUACUCGUUUCGCGACGCAACAGUCGUAAACAACAUUUUUUCCAUUCAGAUUUCUAACGAGUUUACGCUUGCACGAUAAUUAGAGCGUCCAGGCGGGCGCACCAGGAUUUUUCCGCGUUUUCGUACGAUUUCGCGGAAAAAAUGGGGUCAAGCUUGCACGUUCAGUGUACGUGAUACGUAAACUUAUUGCUUUUUGGCAUGCGGUGACGUCAUCCGGAUCGUUCUGGAAGAACCCUGCAGGACAAUAAUGGCGGAUUUGUAUGCUAAAUACAACUGCACCUAUUGUCAAGAGGAUAUCUCGGGCCUACGUGUCAGAUGUGUAGAAUGCCCAGAUUUCGACCUCUGUUUGCAGUGUUUUUCCGCUGGAGCUGAAAUUGGCCCACAUAAAAAUGAUCACUCUUAUCAGUUUAUGGAUUCUGGCACCAUUAGUAUAUUUAAUGGUAGAGGAAAUUGGACUGCUAGGGAACAACUUAGACUCUUGGAUGCCAUUGAGCAAUUUGGUUUUGGAAAUUGGGAAGACAUUAGCAAACAUAUUGAAACACGUUCACCAGAAGAAGCAAAAGAAGAAUAUAUUGCUAGAUACCUUGAUGGCAAUAUUGGAAAACACACAUGGCCUCCUACAGAAAGCUAUAAACCAAAUCUUACAGAUCAAACUAAGUCAGAUCAUGGACCUCUAUCGCCUGAUCUCACAUCUCGGUUACCACCUUUGGAUAUCACUCCAGAAGAAGCUGCACAACUGGGAUAUAUGCCACAACGAGAUGAUUUUGAAAGGGACUACAACCAUGAAGCAGAGUCACUUGUUUCUUCAUUAUUCUUGAACCCUGCAGAAGAUGAUGAUUUGGACAUAGCACUUAAACUUGCACAAGUUGAUAUGUAUACCAAUAAUUUAAGAGAGAGAGCGCGACGAAAAAGAGUCGUACGGGAUUACCAGCUUGUUUCUGCAUUUUUUGCUUCGUCUAGGAAAGAUAAGGCAGUGAAAAGAAAACAAUCGAAGGAGGAAAAGGAGUUUAGGGAUAGGAUGCGAGUAUUUGCACAGUUUUACACAGCACAGGAAUACGAACAGUUUCUAACAAAUCUUGAAAGAGAAAGAGAACUACGAUUACGUCUUUCAGAAUUGUAUCGUUACCGAGAGCAUGGUAUUACAAGACACGAAGAAUGCGCUCAUUUCGAGCAAGUGAUGGCACAAACUCAGGGACAAAAUGACGCAGUGGAUCACUGGCAUGAAAAGAAAUCUGGCAGCAGUGGGCCGUCCACACCAAUACACCGCCACACCUCAAAAAAAAGAGAAGAAGAAAAAAAUUACUCUUCCACCGACCGAAAGUACAUUGCAAAAGACUUACCCAGCAGCAGCUUCUCAAUCAAUCAAACCAAUCCCAAUCGGAUGACGACUCCAGCCAAUCAGUGGGUGGAGCCGGAUAACAAUCCAAAUUGUUCCAGCCAGCAUUCUACCAGCUCCAGUUCUGCCACAGAAAAAAAUUAUACUGCGGCUGCUUCCGGAAAAUCUUGUGCGACAACACGAGACUCAGAGGAACGGGAUAUAGAAAUGGAAGCAGCUGCUCAUUUAUUAACAAAACAAGAAAAGUCUCUGUGUCUUCAACUUGAUUUGAAGCCAACGCAGUAUUUAACACAAAAGACGUUGUUGUUGCAAGAAUAUCUAAAUGGUAAUAGAAGAUCAGGUGUUGUACCUCAGUCGGAACCAGAGAGUAAGAUAUUACAUUAUCUGGUAGCAAAUGGCUGGAUCGCGGCCAAUUGAUUAAAUAUGUAAAAAAUUAACGACCAUUUCAACUCUAAGUCACCUUUUAUUUUGCAAACUAAGUCCUAGGUAUAAUUGAAAUUUGAGUCUGAUUUAAUUAACAUAUAUAGGACAGGUAGAGAGAGAAUGUGUGUGUACAUAAUUUAAUAUGUAAAGAUAUUCUUUACUCUUGUUCAAAUGGUGGACGUUUAGAGAAAUGUAUUGGCGGAUGAAUUGUUAGGAACGAUAGAAAACAAGAUUAAUUAACUUGUCUUAUUCGUUAGCGAGACAUUAAUUUAGACUGUCUUUAAAAUGACUCUAUUAAAAAGUAUAAAAUUCUUUUAUUAAGAGUUUUAUAGUUUUUGUUAAAUUAACAGUUAUCGUAUAUAACGAUUUAACUGUCAAUUUUAUUGUUGAUAUUCUUGAUGGCUUUUUAAAGACUCAAAUAUUAAAUCAACGCCGUUCCGCAUGGUAUACUUCCGCUAACGUGUGUACUUUAUUCUAAUGAACAUUGUUACCUUAGAUUGUCGUUUACCUUUUAACAUUACAUUAUGAAUUAUUUAACACUUCUUGUCUAGAAAAUCUCUUACACUGCCUUUAUAGAGCCAUGAACAUAUUGCUCAAUUAAUUCUUCCACUGUCAUGUUUUCUUGUACAGACUAUUAAUUGCACAUGCUCCUUUCUAUCUGUUUUAAAUGUGAUUUGUUACCAUACUUGACAAUAAGGAAAUGUAAGGAAGAAGUCACGUCGUAGUUGAGAUUUCUAGAUCGUUGUUUAAUACAACACUUGAAUGAUUGGAACAUAUCCAUCCGGGAAUUUAUCAUCGACCGAUACUUUAUGUACAAGUAUUUAAAAGUUGUCGGCUGGAUAUGUAUUAAAAUAUUUAAAUAAAAAGCACUUUAAAAUAUUUAUAUAGCUGAGAUUCAUGAAAGUAUUGAAUAUUAUUAGCUUAAUAAUAAGUGUAAUGUCCUUGACAAAUUAUGCACACAUAGAUAAACAUACACAUACAGAUAUUUCUUCAUAUUCUUACAAAUUUGUUCAUUAAAAAAAAUACUCUAAUCGUCUUUCGCAUGCAUGAUUCAAGCGCAAACUAAUGCAUUUUAUUCCAUAGAUUCUUGAAACGAUUCAAAGGAUAUUCCUUAUUGAUAAAGGAUGGUACAAAGAGCAGGUUAUAAGAGGAUAUUUGUUAUUACAAUGAAGAUACUAUGGUAUUAGAUAAUUUAUCUGUUGCCUGUAUAAUAUUUGUAUAUAUGAACGAGAAAUAGUACCUUCUUAGUGAUACUACCUUUAAAGCACAAAACGUAAUCGCGGUAUAAACUAACGAAGAGUUAAGCGCAUAGUGUGAUAAUGAUGGUGUUCGGAGCCAAACUCGUAUUACAAAAAAAGACACUUUAACGUUUAAAAAAAAAGCUGAUCAUUUUCCAUUGCUUCUAAUAGUAGCUAUUUAUAAUUUUAAAUUAUUAAAUGAAGAAAGGAGGAGUAAGAUAUUAAAUUUGAGAAUGAGAAGAAGAUAUACCCUGGAUGGACGAUAUACCGUGUUAACAACAGCUUUUGUUGAACUUAAACGUACAAGGUGGAAGCAUCGAGGAACCACGCUAUUUGCUCGAUGGCAAAGUUCAUACCAUUUGUAUUCCUGUAUGCUUAGGAAACUGGAAAAGAUCUAUAACAAGAUUAGUCGUUUGCUUUAACGUAAUUCAGUACUUCCAAGAAUAUCUUCGUUUACCUAAGUCUCGAACGGCUUAAAAUCGAGAGAAAGAUUAAAAUGAGAAAAGUUUAUCUUGUAUUAUUAUAUAUGCAAAUGUAAAAAAAUAUGUGAAAAAGAUAUAUAUAUAUAUAUAUAUACAUAUGUACAUAUACGAAAAAGAAAAUUGCUUACGAUCGUAAGUAAUUAUUAAAAAAAGUCAUAUAUUUGAAGAGAAAAAAGAAAUCUAAAAAAAUACCUUUCAUUUCGAAAUAAUACUUAUUGUGGCAUAUUGCUUAAGAACUAAAUAGCUAGAUAACAAAGUAGGGAAAUAGCUGCUCAUAUUUUUUACGGAGAGUAGAAGACUAUUAUCCCUUUUAUUCGAUGUAACUGUAUUUUUCGCCCAAGCUUCCGCAAAUGGGCGCGAUAAUUUUUUUACGCUCACCCUUAUGACGUUUAUUUUUCUUUUUUUUUUUUUUUAUUGCUUAUUUCAAACCUGCACGGAAGUCGAUUGAUGUGCGAGUUCCGUUUAUUAUCGCGUAAUUUUUACGAUAGCGCUAGAUCUAUUCUUCUUUUUUCUUUUUUAUUUUGCUUAACAUUGUUUCUAUGUUCGUAGUAGAUUUUAUUUUUAUUUAUUGCUUCGCGGAACUUUCACAUCCUUUUAAGACGCUUUUAAUGCACCUUUUUGUAAAUCAAAUAUUUUGGAAGCUUUAUACUUUUACUUUUUUGUUUUUCUUCUUUUUUCCUCGGUUUACCUUAGUUUAUCUUCGUUGUUUUCUAAUUGUUGAUGGUAACUUGCACGGAUCGACAUGUCCGUCGUUUCACUCUAAUAUUUCUAUGAGAAAUGGUCCACUGUAAAAAUAGAGACUGUUCAAACGAAUGAACAUAAAGUUAUCUCGAACGAAGAGACCGCUACGCCUUCCUGUAGUUACUUAAAACAUAUAGUAAUUUACGAAGUUGAAAAGAAUAAUCCGAUAAUGUGAAAAUGUCGCGGCGAUCUUUGUAACAAAUACACAAACGUACUGCGUCGUUCUAACUUUUAUAAAAUUUAGCGAACGAAUUGAAUAUAUAUAUAUUUUUUUUUUUUGUUUUGUAUCGAAAGACGAUAACGUAUAGUGAUUUGUUUUGUUCGAAGAGAUGAGAAUGAUCGUUUACCGAAGAGUGAAUGUAUUGUCGUUGGAUUGGAAGUGUUUCAAAAUUGAAUACCAGUUUUAUUCUCAUAAGUAUUUGUAUAACAAACAAUGAGUUUGUUGCUCCUCAUUGUUCUAGAAAUAAUGGAAGAAUUAAUAUUUCAAAGCGAAAACAGGCUUUCAUUCUUGUACUUGAAUCAAACGAGUCGUUGAAUGUAUAAAAUAAACUGUACAAUAGGUAUUUUCCCUUAAAAUUAUGUUUCUAUUUACUAUACCAUUGCCCGAUUGUCCCUUGAAUUCCUUCCUAUUUUUUCAGCUCGCGUAUCACAAUCUUUAAAGCAGACUUUUACGCCUCUAAUAAACAACGUUAUUUAUCUUCUUCAUCCUCAGCUGCAUUGAAGGUUAUUUUACUAAUUUAAGUAGCAUAUAUAUAUUUAGAAUUACAUUUGACAUUUUUAAAUUAUCACUCUUAUCUAGAUUUGUUCAUGAAAAACUUAAUUCACCGUGUCAAAGCAGCAAAUUUUCUUGCUUUUGAAAUAUUUUAAUUUCCUUUCUACAACACAUUUUUCCACGAGGUAAUCGUGCUCUUCUGAUUUUUGCUAAAUAUUGCGAGAAACACGUCUUUAAUAAGUAAGCAGAAAAGUAUUUUUUUCUUCGUUGAGACAAAUAUUUGCUCGGGGAAUUAAUUCUCGCACGUUUUUUCAAUCUUAACAUAGCUUCUUACGUCCUUCUACUCUUCUAAACAGCAGAUUUAUUUCGCAUGUUCCAAAAUUCGUCUUCUACAACCGGAAGAUAUUUAAUAUUUUAAGACUUUUCCUCCGGUACGCCUACCAAAUGAUAUCGUAUUACCAGUCAUUGAAAUCACCGAUUAAAUUUAGUGACUUUCCUCGUUAGUAGAUAAAUUACGAACUUUAGUGCAUCUGUGAAAAGUCUUAAACCAUAUAAAUUAGUAGAAUGCGCAUGAUAUGAAAAGAUUUAUAAAGUAUCCGAGGUAAGGCGCUCGUUUCACUUAACUUGUUAUCUUUAGUUUCAAAUUUCCAGGAAUUUAGUUUAAACAAUCCCUUAAAAUAAAAUAUAGCCAAAUGAGGAAGUAUUACAUUCUUGUUCGUUAAGAAGUCAACGAUUCAUCGUUGAAAAACGGUACUGUUAUUAAAAGCUUAAAAAUUGUCAAAAAAUAAUGAAGUACGCAAAACAAUUAGGAUAUAUGCAGUAAAGUACACAAAUGGGAUGCACUGGGGAAAAUAAUUGACUCGAUUUAUAAAAAGCAAUAUAUUAUACGGAGCAUGACUUACAUUUUGCUAAAGUUUCCAGCUUUUAUAGCAAACGGUAAUUUUUUAUUUCACACGACGAGUAUACUCGUCAACCGCACCAAAAUGAAGUUCUGGAUUGACGCGUAUACACGUCGAACGCAGUUAAUUGGUUAAGUGACAGAUCAAACAAGUUUUGACGUAACCAUAACUGUACUUAAAUAUCGGCUGCUUUAGCAGGCAUCUAUUACCAUAGAUUACUAUUUAAUUUUUUAUAUUGUGUAAUAUUAUUGUAUUUAUAUAAAUAGCAAUAUUAUGCUGUAACUUAUUCCUACCUUGCUCCUUGCAAUCAUUAAAUUAUAAUAAUGCGAUGCAACACGAGUUCUAAUUUUGUUAAUUUCUAAAGUCUUAACCAACUUUAAAAACUUUCCGAGACCUUGAGAACCAGAUAUACCCAUUUAUAGCUUCAUUUAUUAAUUACCGUACUUUGAUAGAGCAAUUCUAUCGCGCAACUUUAUCAAGUCUAAGCUAAGAUCCUCGACACGUUAUAUACGUCGACGAUUAUAAUCGUCCCUGAAACGCAUGUGCCUAGAAUAAAGAAUCGCUAAUAAUGCGUCACGUUAGAGAAGUCUACGACAUUUCUUACAUCGAGAGGCUCUGAUGUCUUGGCCACUUCUUUUUUCUGAUUUCCGCACGUCGUUCGCCGCCUGCUCCAAUGUCGUGUAGUUUUCCAAUUAUGGUUUUUUCAGUCUUCUUAUUGGCGUUAUUGUUCCAUAAACACAAACGCUGCGAUUAUAUUACUCUCUUUGUUCGGACAAGUCUAUGGUACUUCUUUUUCGGUGGCGUUUAAGGAUAUUCGCGGAUUUCGUGUAACAGGAUCUGUUCAUCUUCGACGAAUAAUUCUCGAACGGUUCUGCGUGCUGUUAUUACGUGUAAAAUCAGACAGAUGUUUUUCAGGAUGUUUGGUGCAAUUGAUAAUCGCGAAAAAUAUUUUGGAAGAAAAGAAUGCAUUCACGCCGAGAAACCGGAAGGUCGUUCGAAUUACGUAAAAUAAAUAGAAAAUUUAAUUGUUCCGCAUACUUGAUUUAAACCAGUUGUUGGUAUAAAAAUGUAACGUUAAAGGAUGUAGGCACGUAUGUAAAUCUUCGCUUAACUCUCGAAUUUUUACGUCUCGUCUUGUCUCCGUCUCAAAGAGCAAGAAGGUUUUUAACCUAUGUAUGGAAACGUUUAACGCGACAUUAAAAGCAGAGAUGACACGUGUCGAUAACCUCUCUCUCGUCUUGCUCUGAAAUUUGAGAAAUCUCGUGGCGAUAGAAAGACACGAUUGGAUCGAUUUUUGGCGCGAAUACGUAUCCUUCCUCGUCCUGAAUUCUUUAUAAAUUCAACACGAGUAUACGCUUCGUUCGUAUUUGUUCAUUCCGGAAUUUUUCCCCUUGUGUUCUUCCACGAUUUUGUCAUUCUCGUCUAGUAACGAGUGAUUUGCAAUCGAGUAAAACGUUCUUCACCGAUUCCGUGAAGCUUGGGAAUAAAUUAUUCGUUCCCUCGUUCGAUUUUUUAAUAUAAAGCGAUAUUCUGCUAUUAUCGGUUUCGACAUCUCGUUUCUGAAACUGCUUAACUCAUCAAGCACCAACCGUUAAUGUUUCAUCCAUUAAUUAUAAUAUAUGUUACAUGUAAUAUAUUUUUGAAAUUGAUAUUUAUAAUAUACAAAGUAUGUGUGUAUUUAUAUAUCUAUAUAUUUAUUGGAUAUUUAUAUAUUUAUUAUAUUUAUCAAUUUUUAUAGUUUCACGUGUCAUAUUUUAUACAUUAUAAAUAUCAAUUUCGUUGUAUCUGAUAAAAUCGUAAAGAUAUAUAUGUCAUAAAAUAGUAAAGUCUAGUUGGAAGAAACAAAGUGAAUAAAAUGUUGAAUCUUUGGCAUUCUCUUUCGUAGCCACGUUGUUCGAAAAUAGAAUUCGAUAACACAAGUUGAUUGAGACAGAUAGCAAAUGGUUCGAUGAACGUUCCACUGACUUAGACGCAUAAAUAACACUUGAAUGCGAUUCAGACAGGAUAACACGCGAUAAAAUCGUCGAAUCGGAACAGACAAGAUCACUAGGAUUGUUUCUAUGUAGUUUGCAACGGCCAUUUUGUUCGGAAACAGGUGAUAAAGAAAAGAACCAUGUAGGAAUAAAAAGUGAAUUGCUUACACGGUUUAAUAACCUCUCUUUUUCUUUAAUAAAACCUGCUCUUCUACUGCGUCGUGUAAUUCAUACACGUCAAACAUAAUUUAUGGCAACAUUGUUCCUUCUUUCCCCGAAGGUAUAGAUGUUUCGAUCGUCUUUCGUUUCUCAAUUGUGAUAUUCCUUUGCCGGUAAUAUCGUUACGCGGUUCCUGCUUUCUCAACAUCAUCGGAAAAAUGUUUGGGUCGUCGUAGAAAAGCGGGGAGAUACGGCACACGGUUCCGUACGAACGCGUGCAAUAAAAAUAAAAUAAAAAAUAAAA